AGAGAGUUGCCAAGUAGUGCUCAGCAGGUGGAGCUCUCAUACUAUACCGCCGACACACAGACACAAAACAAAAGCGGAUAAACGUGACUUCCAGCGGGAGGUCUUAUCUGCGGUUUCAAUACCGUCACACUUUGACACAGAGACGCACAGACACAGAGACGCACAGAGACGCACGAACACGGUACGGUUCAGUCUUCGCCUCACAUCAUGGCUCAAACAGUUCCAGGUGCCCGACUUUGGCUUUUGCAGCUGUGACACGAAGGGUAACAAGAAGACAAGGACAGUCUGCUGGACACACUUUUCUUUAUUUAUUUAUUUUUGUAGUCGUCAACACUGACUCUCGCAACUUUACAUUUUGGCUGGUUUUCCUCCGUGGAAGGUGAACACACACGGCACAUCUCCUCUGAACGCCGCUCAGUGGAUGUGACCGUCAGCAGUCAGGUUACCUUGCCCUCACGCAGGGAGCAGCCCAUGGACCUACGUGUGACGCAGAGGUUGCUACAUCCAGGCCCAGAUACGGUGAUGCUGGCCCCCCGAGCCCCCUUCUUUCUGGGACCCCUCAACUCUCAGCAUUGCUCACAGUUUCCCCAGCGGCGUUUGCAGUAUAACAGCGAACAAAGGCAGCGAGAGAUGGAAGAGGAAAAACGAGAAGAGCUACAACAGCUGAUUCGAAAGAAUAAAAAUGAGCAGAGUGCUGUAGCCAGUCCUCUGGUGAGGCAGAAACUCAGAGAACACAUAAUAAUGAAGAAGCAGCCCAACCAUGACAGGGUGACUCCCAACCACAACAGCCCAUCUCCAGGUUACAGAGUGUCGCCAAAGCCCCAGCCUCCAACAUGUGACCAGCGUAAAGACUUGGCUCUGCGUCGAACAGUCUCUGAACCCACUCUGAAGUGGAAGCUCAAGAAACUUAUCAAUACAAGACCCAACCCGCUGCAGCGAAAGAUCAGCGCUCCUCCGGCUGUCAAGCACCGGACAGAAACUCUGGACUCGUCUCCCAGCAGCAACAGUAACUCAGCAUCAGGGUGCAGUUCUCCCAACGACAGCCUCCAUUCAGAAAACGGCGCCCUCCCACAUUCACAUGAGAAAAUGCUUCUUCUUCAGGCACAGCGACUGAUGCUGAAAGACAGCAGGGUGGCCCAUUUAGCUCUGCCUCCAGAUCCUGCUGCCAUGCCCAACAUCACUGCCGGGAGUCCUACACACGCCAACCUGCGAAGACCCAAACCCUUGCCACUGUCUGCUCUCCAUCACGUCUAUGUUCCUCUGGAGCGCAGCAGCCCAGCGAUGGCCCAGCACCUGCAGCCGGUUCUUUUGUUAGAUCCACAUACUAGGCUGGUCCACCCACAGUUUGUCUCCUUUCAUGGUUUGAGCUCCAUUCCUCUUCAGCAGCAGCCUCAUUCCUCGUCUCCCUCCAGAAGAGAAGCAAGAGAAGGCUCAGUCACCCUGCCCUCACACAGGCCCGUGGAGCGAACACGUUCAGAACCUCCACCUUACAGCCACCCGUCCUUUACCCUGCAGGCAGCCCAGCAUUCACACACUCAGCAGCAGCUGCUCCAGCAGCACUACAAGAGGGAGCUAGAGAGAGCCAUACAGAGUUCACUUCUAAAUAAGUCUUCAGGCCAGUCUAUGGAGAAGCAGCGUCUCACCCAAAUACCAUCAGAAGACAUGGAUCUGGAGGAAACAGGGUCUGGAACAGGUUCCAGGCCCGGGUCUGUGUGUGGCUCAGAGCACGAGUCGAUGUGUGAUGACAACUACCACAGAAGACGCAGCACAACGAGCACCGACUCCGUUUGUGGCACAGAGUCCACCACCUCAUCACGGGACAGUUUGAUCGAGUCCUCCCAUGUCACCCACAGUCAGCGACAGCUGAUACUGGGUCCAGGAGUUCAGAUGGACACUCUGAGUGUUCCUACCGUAGUCUGGCCUCACCAGCCUCUGAUCAGGACCCGGUCCUCCCCUGCCUCUACCUCUCUGCCUCCUUCACAUCCGGCCAGUCUCAUUCCUUCUCUGACGUUGUCCAGCCCAGCAGACGUUCAGCUACGCUUCACCACAGGACUGGUCUAUGACUCGCAGAUGCAGAAGCACCAGUGUACCUGUGGGGACAACAGUCGUCACCCUGAGCAUGCUGGGAGGACUCAGAGCAUCUGGUCCCGACUCCAUGAAAGAGGCCUCAGAAACCAGUGUGAGUCUCUCCGAAGUAGGAAGGCCACACUCGAUGAGCUGCAGUCAGUGCACUCGGAAAAACACGCGCUCCUUUUUGGCACCAAUCCUCUCAACCGCCUCAAACUGGACAACCACAAGCUAGCAGGAAAUUUGGCUCAACAGAUAUUUGUUGUGUUGCCCUGUGGAGGACUGGGAGUGGACGUUGAUACCAUCUGGAAUGAACUUCACACAUCAGCAGCUUCUCGUAUCGCUGCAGGAUGUGUCACAGACCUGGCGCUUAAAGUAGCACAAGGCAAGCUGAAGAAUGGCUUUGCAGUGGUCAGGCCCCCCGGUCACCACGCGACCAAGUCCUCCCCUCAGGGCUUCUGCUUCUUCAACUCUGUGGCUAUCGCUGCAAAGCAGCUUCAGCACAAACUCAACGUCAGCAAGAUCCUCAUCGUGGACUGGGACGUUCAUCAUGGCAACGGCACCCAGGAAGCUUUCUACCAUGACUCCAGCGUGCUCUACAUCUCUCUGCACCGCUUUGACGACGGCAACUUCUUUCCUGGGAGUGGACACCCCAGUGAGGUUGGUGCAGGAGCGGGUGAAGGCUUCAAUGUCAAUGUGGGAUGGACCGGUGGUCUGGACCCUCCAAUGGGAGAUGCUGAGUACCUCGCUGCAUUCAGAGCUGUGGUGAUGCCCAUCGCUCACGAGUUUUCUCCUGACGUGGUGCUGGUGUCGGCCGGCUUCGAUGCUGUGGAAGGACAUUCUCCGUCACUGGGGGGCUACAAAGUCACAGCCAAGUGUUUUGGCUUCCUCACCCGUCAGCUCAUGUCCUUGGCUGGGGGUCGGGUGGUGAUGGCCCUUGAGGGAGGACAUGACCUGAAAGCCAUCUGUGAUGCCUCUGAAGCCUGCGUCAGUGCCUUGCUGGGCAUGGAGGUGGAGCCACUGUCCCAGUCCACCUUGGACCAGACGCCAUGUGAGAACGCUGUCUUGUCCCUGCAGAGAGUAAUCCAGGUUCAAGGUGAAUACUGGCAGAGUGUGAGAGAUUCGGCCGACACGCUGGGCCUGUCCUACCUGCAGGCUCAGAGACGGCGGCUGAGACGGGACUCGGACAGCGAAGCUGUGAGUGCCAUCGCCUCGCUGUCGAUGGGAGUCCUGAGGUCUGAUGGGAAACAGCCUGAAAAAAAAUGACAAUGAAAAAGUGAUUCUCUCUGAAGAGUUCAAUGGCUGCUGUGCAUUUGGAGCAGACAUCAGUGGAACCAUGUACCCUCCUCUGUUCAACCACUGUAUCCAUCGCCUCACAAGAUCUUCUCCACCUGCUUUACUACUGGUUUUAAGUCUGACAACACACACACACACAUAUAUACGCGCACACAUUCACGAGAACAGACCCAUUUCUGGACAGUGUUCAAAUUCUCUUGAAGUCCCUGAGGAAAACCACGUGCACUGAACAUGAGAGGACCUCCAGCAGGACGGCCUGCAGAGGCGGAUUAAUGAAGAAUUGUUUCAUCUCGUAGCAUACAGCUCUGUGACGUCAAACAUUCACCUCAUUAAAGCUUCACAGGAGACUUGCAUGUUGACCGCUAGGGACGGUUGGAACCUGGACGCCAAGGAUCAAAGGUCACCUUGGCUUACAAUCACCCAGAGCGGAAAGAGUUGUCUCUGCAGGACGUGCCUGUGAGAGAGACCAGAGCCGUCCUCUCUCGCACACUGACGAUGUCAUUCAUCUGCAUCGAACCAGUGGAGACAGAAGAAGCCUCUGACUAUUACUGCACUGUAACAGUUGAGUCAUAAAAACAUGGCUGCAACACUUUAUAUUCAUGCAGAGUAGAAUAAUAAUUGUACCUCAUAGUAAUUCUCUUAAUUUUUAAUUUUUUUUAAAUUUAGUCAAAUAAAUUCUUUCAGUUUACAGGUCAACUGUAACAUUCACUGUAACAGGAACAUCCACCAGAGGCCAGUAGAACAGACCCGUCUCCAUCGACAUGUUAAUGACUGAGAGACAAUGGAAACAGAUGUGUAGAGAUUAGUCCACGAUACCAAACGGCACGUUUGAUUCCACGCCCCACUGACGUACGUGACGUCUAAAGUAGAAAAUUCCGACAUCUGUGAUGUCCGGAGAGAACUGCAAAUGACUGCAAUUACCAACGUGUGGCUGUGGUAGACGGUGGUUAUGAUUUACUUAGAGAGCUGCACCUACUGUACUCUACAGCCCACACUGUUGAAGAGGUCAGGAGCAGGUCAGCUGCAGACCAGCUGAAGUCAUCGUCCACCAAACACUAGCGCCCCCCCCAGCCCAGUUUAAACCUAAACAUUUUUAUUCUUACUGCAGCAGUUAAACGUUACUCUUUAAGGACAUUACACUCUGAAAUUUGAAAAAGUCUCCCAGCUGAGGCUUCCAUUUCUGCUUUUGUUUUCACCGCCGUGCACCCGUCCACGGUGGAUUCUGGGAUAUGUUAGUUUGCGGAGGUGAAAAUUACGACGCAUUUACAGGAUGCUUUCUUGGCCCUAACAAAUCAGAACAGGUCUGUGUGGCCGACGGUGGCUGGGUACGAUGCAGUUUAACAAAGAGCAGUGGGGGAAAAAAAAAA